AUGAUUUAUCAACUAAAAAAAAUAAGGAAAAUAAUUGAGAGCAUUAAGGAUACUGAACAUUUUAAGCAGGCUUUUGUUCACACUUCUUAUCUUAACGAGUUAAAACUAAGGAAGAACUCUGACUCGGAAUCAGGCUCAGAAAAUAAUGAAAAUCCUGUUUCUUCUUACGAAACUUUGGAAUUUUUAGGAGACAGCAUAUUAAAUUUUCACACUAGCCUUUUUAUUUAUCAAAAAUUUCCCAAUUACGCCGAAGGACAAAUGAGUAAGUUAAAACAGUUAAUGGUUCAAGAGAGCACGUUGGCUUACUUAAGUAAGGAAAUUGGUCUAGGGGAAUUUCUUCAAUUAGGAAUGGGGGAAAGAAAAAAUCGUGGAGCCGAAAAAGAAAGUAUAUUAGCUGAUGUAUUUGAAUCUUUUGUGGCAGCCCUGUAUUUAGAGAAAGGCAGCAAAAUAGUUCACCGCUUUCUUAACUUAACUGUUUUUGCUUGGAGUGAAGGCAAAGAAAACAUGGUAUGGGAUUAUAAAAGUCAAUUACAAGAAUAUUGUCAGGCCCGCAAGGGUAGAGUUAAUUACCGACUAAAAGGAAAAAAAAUAGUAGGAGAUGAACAUCAGCAGUUAUUCAUUGUAGAAGUAGAAGUAAAUGAUGGACCAAGGACUUUUUGGGAAAGCGGAGAAGGUCGCAGCAAAAGUAAAGCAGAGCAGCAGGCUGCUGCUAAAGCAGUUAAAAAAUUAGGAAUUGAAAAGGAAAAGAAUUAA